AUGAGAGAGGGGAUCAACCUGAUCAGAGGGGUGAUCAGAGGGGUGCAUCAAGUUGAACACCUUGAGUCUCUGGAGACAUUUACUUACCCACGGUCAGGAACUACAUGGAUACAUAAUAUUUUGUCCCUAUUGUAUCAUGGUGAUCAAAUGACAGAGGGAUGUAACAAACAAUCAAUCCAACAACUGGUGCCUUGGUUUGAGGAGAAUAUAAAACAAGUGGACUACAACAACAUGCCAUCACCAAGGACCUUUGUGUCUCACUUGCAUUUGUCUUCACUCCCUCAAGGACUGAGAGAGAAGGGAAAGGUGGUCUACAUAGCCAGGAACCCAAAAUAUGUUGCAGUGUCCUUAUUUCAUCUCCACAAUUUCAUGAAAGCCCUUGAGAGCGAACCUGACUUUGAUACAUUUGUUAUUCAAUUUCUUUUGGGGAAUGUUCUCGGGGGCUCUUGGUUUGACCAUGUUGCUGAUUGGUAUGCUCAGAAAGAUUCAUUUGAUACCCUUUCACUGACAUUUGAGGAUAUGAUCAAGGACACACGAGGUGCAGUUGUCAGGAUAUCAAACUUCUUGGUUAAAAACCUGGAUGACAAAACCAUUGACACAAUAGUGGACAAACCCUCCUUCAAGAACAUGAAAGAAAACCCACAGACUCAAAAUGAUAUACAGCAUCCUGCAAUUUUUGAACAAAGUGGAUCCUGGAAUCAAAAAGGUAUGGUGGGGGACUGGAAGACUAUGUUCACAGUGGCCCAGAGUGAGAUGUUUGACAAGAUCUAUAUGGAAAAGAUGAAAGACCUUCAUUUGACUGGGAGCUGUGAAAACGUGUCCUGA